AUGGCUGACGCAGACACCCCCGUUACCCUGCGGACACGCAAGUUCAUCCGCAACCCUCUCCUGGGCCGCAAGCAGAUGGUCGUGCAUGGAAGCAACGUUUUCACCGACCGACUUGUCCGAGAAGGGACCGGCGACUGUCGACUGUCGACCAUCGACCAUCAACCAUUGUUCCCACCGCAUCGAAAUCCACCUCCAGCGACAUCGACUCUGUUGCCAACAGGCGGAAAGGGACUCGAGGAACGAGAGACGUGCCGGGACAUGGACAGCACGAUGAACGUGGCAAGCGGCAGCUGGCGGUUUCGAUUCGACGAGAACACGACGGCAUCUGACAUCCUGCACCCCGGCCGUGCCAACAUCUCCAAGGAGGAGCUCCGCGAGAAGCUGGCUACCCUCUACAAGGCGUCCAAGGACCAGGUCAACGUGUUCGGCCUGCGGACGCAGUUUGGUGGCGGCAAGACCACGGGUUUCGCCCUGGUCUACGACAGCCCCGAGGCCAUGAAGAAGUUUGAGCCGCACUACCGCCUGGUCCGUGUCGGCUUCGCCACCAAGAUCGAGAAGGCCGGCAGACAACAGCGCAAGCAGCGCAAGAACCGCCAGAAGACGCUCCGCGGCACGGCAAAGGUCAAGGGUGCCAAGGCCAAGAAGGAGAAAUAG